AUGGAAAACGUUGUUGAACAAAAUAGCAGUGUCGUUGUAGACACCAUUAGCAACACUGUUAGUGAAAUUGUGGCCAAGGCUGUGGAAACUGAAGGCGUCGUUUCCUUGAUUUCAAAAGAAAUUGGUCUUAAUGACAUAAUUGAAUCUAUUCAAUUCGAUAUUCCAAGUAUCCACCAUCCAUUUGGUGUUCAAUUGUGGCCAAUCUUCUCUAAAGUUUUCGAAAAAUAUGCAGGUAUCCCAGCAGAAGAAUUCAACUUCCAACCAGGCGUCACAUGCAUGGCCAAUGGUUACCAUGCAAUUGGUGUCAUCAUAAUGUAUUAUAUUAUCAUUUUUGGUGGUCAAGCUAUUCUGAACAAAUUAAAUACUAGACCAAUGAAAUUCCGUAUUAUUUUCCAAUUGCACAAUUUAAUUUUGACUUCUGUUUCUUUGGUUUUAUUCUUGUUGUUAGUAGAACAAUUGGUUCCAAUGGUUUACACUCAUGGUAUUUUCUGGUCCAUUUGUUCCAAGGAAGCCUUUGCACCAAAAUUGGUUGUAUUGUAUUAUUUGAAUUAUUUGACUAAAUUUAUGGAAUUGUUAGAUACCGUGUUUUUAAUUUUGAAGAGAAAGAAGUUAUUGUUCUUACACACUUACCACCACGGUGCUACAGCUUUGUUAUGUUACACUCAGUUGAUGGGUAAGACUUCUGUCGAAUGGGUUCCAAUUGUAUUGAACUUAUGGGUUCAUAUCAUCAUGUACUGGUACUAUUUCUUAAGUUCCAUUGGUAUUAGAGUUUGGUGGAAGGAAUGGGUUACUAGAUUCCAAAUCAUUCAAUUUUUGAUCGAUUUAGUCUUUGUCUAUUUCGCUACCUACACUUAUUACGCACACAAGUACUUCAACAACAUUUUGCCAAAUAAAGGUACUUGUUAUGGUACACAAGAUGCUGCCGCUUACGGUUACUUAAUCUUAACCUCAUACUUAUUUUUGUUCAUUUCAUUCUAUAUCCAAUCUUAUAGACGUGGUGCAUCUAAGAAAGCUGAAAAGAAAUCCGCUGCUGCUGCUGCUGCUGCUGCUGCGCAAUCUGAUUCUUCUAAGAACAUUGCCACUGCUUCUGGUGUUGCCGCCAAGAAGACCAAAGUUUCAUCUAGAAAAGCCUAG